AUGGCGGAGGCAAAUCCACUGAGAGGACUGCCCCGAAUCCGAAGGAAUGCGACCUCCUUCCCGGGGAAUCUUCACCUGGUCCUUGUUCUGAGGCCCAAGAGUUCUUUGCAGACCACAGGCAGAGACCUUGGCUUCCGUUUCAGUCAGGAUGACUUCAUGCUCAGGAUGCCGGUGGUUAUGCUCAGCUCUGUAACGGAUCUGCUCCGUUACAUUGACGAGAACCAGCUCAACUCAGAGUUUGACGGAACUUUGGAGUAUUGCCAUAGCGACCGGAUAGUCCUGAGAACGGCCAUAGAGAGUUUUGCAGUAACGGUAAAGGAAAUAGCUCAGUUGCUGCAGACGUUUGGUACAGAGCUGGCAGAGACAGACCUCCCGGAUGAAGCUAAUGCCAUUGAGUAUCUUCUGAGAUCUCACACUGACAAAUACAGGCAGAUGAAGGAUGACAUCAGGUCAGUGAUAAAGGAGGGCCGUCAACUACUGUCAAAUUUGGAGUCUGCCAAGACAGCAGAGGGCGCUGCUGCAGAGGACAGGAAUCAGGACAGAGCAACUGUACAGAGGCUGCUGGCCCAGUUGCGGGACAUGGAGAUGGCUUUUGACGGGUUUUUCGAGAAGCACCACCUUAAAUUACAGCAGUAUCUACAGCUUCUACGAUAUGAGCAGAGCUUCCAUGAGAUGGAGAUGAUCCUGGAGAAGCUUGCUGAGCAGGAAAAGCAGAUCCCGGCAGUCGGAGCUACGGUGGCUCAGACGGAGCAGUUCCUCAAAGACUUGGACAACUUAGAAUCCUCAGCCGAGGAGGAGAUGGGGCAUGCUCAGAUCAUCGUCCUGCAUGGGCACCAGCUGGCAGCCAGCCAUCACUAUGCCCUGGCUCUGAUCGUCCAGCGCUGUAAUGAGCUGAGACAUCACUGUGACAUGCUGACCGCCACGCUGCGCUCCAAACGGGCUGCCCUCACACGUGUGCGAGACCUCCUGCUCCGACUGGAGGAGGCAAUGCGAUGGUGUGAUGAGGGGGCUUAUCUUUUAGCCAACCAGCUGGUGGAUAAGUUCCAGUCUAAGGAAGGGGCAAAGGCUGCACUUCGGGAUAUCGAGAAGCUCCAGGAUGCAGCACCUUCUGCCUUCAGGUCUAGUCCUGAUAUACUCAGUCUGGAGUUUCAGGCAGUGCUUACCCCACACCUAAAGUCCCAGAUUGGAACAGCAUCAGAAAAGCUCACCAACAUGCAGGGAAUGAUCCAGAACCGACAAGCCUGCUUAAGAAAACUGGCUGAUGUACCAGUCCGACCCAUCCAGCCUGUUGCACCUCGGCCAGAGGGGAACUCACCUGUCUGCAAAUCCCCGCUCUUCUCUCCCAAGCACAGUGUUGAUUUCAACUCCAGCUUGAAGUUUUCCUUUGAGCUUUCAUUACCAGGCAAGAGGGCAUUUCGUAAAAGCCCCAGCUCAAAGAAGAUAGAGGUGAUGCAUGAUUAUGAAGAGAACCGCAGCUGCUUAUUGUAUAGGCCUGGAGGAGAGGAGAACCUUGUUCAGCACAAACGCCAUGUGAUGAAGGAGUUGAUUGAUACAGAGAGAGUGUAUGUGGAGGAGCUACUGUCUGUGCUGUUGGGCUACAGAGAGGAGAUGGACAGUCCUUCCCUCUCUCAUGUUUUGCCUUCUGUCUUAUGCAACAAGAAAGAAGAGCUGUUUGGGAACCUGCCAGAGAUCUACAAAUUCCACAGCAGGAUUUUCCUUCAGGACCUGGAGAGCUGUUUGGAGACCCCAGAGAAAGUCGGGGGCCGUUUCCUGGAGAGAAAAGAGAAUUUCCAAGUCUAUGAGCAGUAUUGUCAGAACAAACCACGCUCUGAUGCCCUCUGGAGGCAGUUCUCAGACUCCGCCUUCUUCCAGGAAUGUCAGAAAAAGCUUCAGCAUAAAUUGAACCUGGACUCUUAUUUAUUGAAGCCUGUGCAGCGUCUGACCAAGUACCAGCUUCUGCUGAAGGAACUACUGAAGCACAGCACAGACUCUCAGUAUGCCUCUCAACUUCAGGGUGCGCUCAGUGCCAUGCUGGAUCUUCUCAAAUCAGUGAACGACUCCAUGCACCAAAUUGCCAUCACAGGAUAUGAGGGAGACCUGAGCGAUUUGGGGAGGGUGCUGAUGCAGGGACCAUUCAACGUGUGGAUCAAUCAUAAAAAAGGCCCCACGCGAAUGAAAGACAUGGCACGAUUCAAGCCCAUGCAGAGACACCUCUUCCUGCACGAACGCGCUCUCCUCUUCUGUAAAAAGAGAGAGGAGAACGGAGAGGGACACGAUCGCGCCGCUUCCUACAGCUUCAAACACUGCCUGAGGAUGAGUGCCGUGGGUAUAACAGAGAACAUAAAGGGAGAUGUGAAGAAAUUUGAGAUCUGGUAUAGUGGCAGAGAAGAAGUCUAUAUAGUUCAGGCUCCAACUGUGGAAGUUAAGCUCGCCUGGCUCUGUGAGAUCAGAAAAAUCCUCACCAGUCAGCGAAGACGCCUUCCAGAUGAUCCUCACAUAAGCCCAGGUCCUGAGCAGCAUUUAACUCCGCCCUUAGAAGACAGUCUGGGGCGUGUGUCGGUGUGCAUGCCGUGGAGCCCGGUCCAGAUCGCCAGCUGCUCAGCUUGUUUUGAUGUCCUUCCUCACAGCAAGCUGCAGGGGGCGUCAGUCAGCUCCGAGGAGGCUGAGUCUGGCCGCACCAGCCCCGUCCUUACCGACCCCAUCGUCUUCUCCCAUCAGCCCCAUCACAGCCGGCGUAGUUGGCCAGGCACAUCCCACUCUGUGGACAUCUGUGAGGGGCUGGAAGAUUGGAGUGGGACCACUGACAUCUCUAAUAUCUCUGACUCAGAUGAGGAUGAUGAUGUCUUGUUGGUUCCAGGGAGUUACAGGGCAGUGUUAGACCAUCAGCAGUGCGGAAUGGAUGACAUCAUUAUUAAGUCUGGUGAUGUCAUUCAGUUAAUGUAUGAGGACACAGGAGGACGAUGGCUAGUAAAGAAUCUCACUCGUGGUGAGGAAGGCUGUGUCCCCACAGAGGGUCUGCUGAGGCUUCUGGGAAACAGUUGGCGGAGUAAUUUUGCCAGGCCAGGAGGUGAGUUCAUGACACGAGAAAUGUGAAGAGUAGAAAGCUCAGCACCUCACGAGCGGAUCUUGCAUAUCGUCCAAAAAACUCGGCUUCCCAUACCAUCGAAAACGUCAUGCUUCAACUCAGAGUCCAAUCAGAGCCUCAGCAAAGCACACAAACACAAAUCAAAGAGGAAAGACAAGUGAUAUCGUGCAUUUUGCUUUUUUUUCCGUCCAUCGAUCCCUUUCCUUUAAACACAAACAAAAGGGAUUUUCCGUGAAUUCUGUAAAGAUCCAUAUGCGAGACUAUACAAAGAGAAUGCCAGAAGGUGCCAGAAUACACAGUGAGCCUUACAGCGUUCAACAUAGAUCCAUCCGUCUCCAUGACGACACCGUCGCUAUUGAACAGUGCCCGGAUCAUCGAAACUUUUUUCCGCCUCAGUGAGUAACGUCAGAAAGAACGGUUGAACAGCUACGCUUGAUGCAUUGAUGAUUAAGUUUUUAAUGACAGAGAGAAAGAAAUACUCUCCCCCCCUCUCUCCCUCUCAGAGAGGGGUAGGUCGAUGUUCUUGCUAUUUUCUUACGGGUCUAAUUUGUCACAGGAGUGUCUGAAGAAAAAGAUUCAGAUGCAUCUCAGCGUCAGUAUCAAUGUGCCAAAAUUCAACAUUCCAUGGACCAUUUUCUCGUUUCUCGUUGGUCUGUUUUUUUUUUUUUGUUUGUUUUGUUUUUUUCUUUCUCAGCUUCUUUUUACAUAGGCAGCUGUGGGUGUCUUGACGUAUGCUGAAAACUUUAACGCUUUCUUAGACCCGUGGCGUCACUGAAGAUUACGCGUAUGGGUAUAACAGUAGCUUGCUUUACAGU